GGUUGCCUAGUCAAAUCAGAGACAAUGGAUGAUCUCAGCGAGCAGCAAGAACAACCUGACGAAUUCCAACUUUAUCUGGAUCACUGUUUCGAACAAAUUUGUAACACCGAACUUGUCCGGCAUGCAAUUAUUCUAAGUAAAAAUGGGAUCCCCCUUCGGAGCACCUUCGGUGAUCGCAGGCAGGAGUGCCUGGACCAUGUGGCACUUUAUUCCAGCUUGUACGACAAGGCGAGAUACGUUACCCAGCUGGUUGAUCCCAGCGACGAGUGUCUACUGGUGACAGUAAAAACUAAACACAACGAAGCUGUGAUCGCUGUCGAUCCGGAAAAUGAACUUCUAUUUAUUACAGUUCAGGUUCCUCAGUGACCAGGAAGUCUAAUUUCAAAUUUGAGACAACUUUGCU